GUCCUUUAGGUCUAUGGCCAGGUCUCGGGUCAGUGUUUUUGAUGCUACUACAUGUCGUGGGGAGAAAUUGACGUUUUUCAAGGUAAACGCGAAAUGAGCAUAUCUCGGGGCGUGGAGCAGUGCACUUACUUGAGGUUAUAACAUUAACGUUAGAAAUCUCUGGAUGGGAUCAUCUUUGGUCCAUCGGGAAGAUGGAUCUUGGACGGCCCUUUGCUAAACCCCAACAGAUGGACCUGAGAGUGAUGGUGACAGAAGAUAUAAAGCAGGAGGACUAUGAUCAUAUGAUUCCAUGCGAAGAUGAACGAGGCGAAGAAGAAAAGUCCUGUGCAGAGUUUAACUGUAAGACUGAAACGGACGUCGCAGAAUACAACAUAACUUACAGCGAGCCACUUCAGACAGCAGCGGAGGUUGAGGUGAAGAUCGAAGACGAGGAUGAGCAUCUACAAGAGUACGACUGUCUGCGGGAAUGUGUAUCAGAACAUCAACAUCUACAGCAGAAGAUCCACGGACAGAAUGAUGAACUCAACCUGCAACUCAAAGAAAAGCUGCACCACUGCACCGUCUGCAGGAAGAGCUUCGCGGCCCUGAGAGAACUCAAGAAACACCAGCAGACACACUCAGUCAGGGUGACCGGACAGCAGACCUCUGACAAAACACCACACAAAUGCGUGCAUUGCGAAAAGAUACUGACAUCAGGCAGAAAUCUUAAACGGCACAUGCGCACACACACACACGAAAGGCCUCAUACAUGCGUCCAGUGUGGAAAAGGCUUUUCAGAAACGUCAACUCUAAAAAACCACAUGAUAACACACACCGGCGAGAAGCCUCACGAAUGCAUUGAGUGUGGGAAACAUUUUACGCUAAAGACCAGUCUUAAAACCCACAUGAUCCUGCACACUGGAGAGAAACCUCAUAAGUGUCUCCAGUGUGGAAGAGGAUUUUCACAAAUUUCUGCUCUUAAAAGCCACAGUCUGACUCACACUGGUGAGAAGCCUCAUGAAUGCACCCAGUGUAAAAAAGCAUUCACAACGUCCUCGCAACUUCAAAACCACAUGCGCGUACAUACUGGGGAGAAGCCUCACAUAUGCGGCAGCUGUGGAAAGCCUUUUUCGCGAUUCACGUGUCUGAAGCGCCAUAUGAGAGUACACACCGGAGAGAAGCCCCAUAAAUGUGACCAGUGUGGAAAAUCGUACACACGAUCCUCAAACCUUAAACAUCACAUGUGUAUACUUAUCGGAGAGGAGCCCAUCCAAUGUGUCGAGUGUGGAAAGGCCUUCUCGGAAAUAUCAGCUCUUAACGCCCACAUGCGUGUACAUACGGGAGAGAAGCCCCAUAAAUGUGACCAGUGUGGUAAAUCGUACACACGAUCCUCAAAUCUUAAACAUCACAUGCGUACGCACAGUGAAGAGGAGCUUCACCACCCAUGUGUCGAGUGUGGAAAAGCCUUCUCGGAAAUAUCAGCUCUUAACGCCCACGCGCUGUUACACGCUGGAGAGAAGCCUCAUAAAUGUGUCGAAUGUGGAAAAGAUUUCUCAGAAAUGUCACUUGUCGCAUGUGAAAUCCACAUGCUUGCUCACACUGGUGAGAAGCCUCAUACAUGUGUCAAGUGUGGGAAAACAUUUUCACUCAUUUCAAAUCUUAAAUCCCACAUGGUAACUCACGCCGGAGAGAAGCCUCAUGAAUGUGCCCAGUGUGGAAAAGCUUUUUCGUUAUUUAAAAGUCUUGAAAAACAUAUUCUAACACACACUGGAGAGAAGCCUCAUAAAUGUGUCCAGUGUGGAAGAGGUUUUAUACAAAUUACAAAUCUUAAAACCCACAUGCUAAUACACACUGGAGAGAAGCCUCAUAAAUGUGUCCAGUGUGGAAGAGGUUUUAUACAAAUUUCAAAUCUUAAAACCCACAUGCUAACACACACUGGAGAGAAGCCUCAUAAAUGUGUCCAGUGUGGAAGAGGUUUCAUACAAAUUACAAAUCUUAAAAGCCACAUGCUAAUACACACCGGAGAGAAGCCUCAUAAAUGUGUCCACUGUGGAAAAGCUUUUGCCCAAUCUUCAAAUCUUAGUAGCCAUGUGCUAAUGAUCCACACUGGUAAUAAGCCACAACUAGAAAGCAGUCAAUGUCAAACACCAAAUCUCCCACUAGGUGGUGCUACAACAUAAAUAAACCUCUGAGGUUCGCCUACAGAAAAGUUAGCUAUGGCAAGUUGUAUUGUAGGUCUGGGGUAGCAAAGAUCAAAGUGUGCCGUACCAAAGUUCACAGUAUCCACUUCAAGGCAGAGGACAAAACUGUAUUGCAAAACGUCUGCAUUUCUGAUUUCUUCAUCCCCACGAGAGUUUAACUGGUGUGAUAAUUCAAAAUGCCCAUGUUAUUUUCCCAUAGAAAAGAAAAUCUCAAGAUACCGGAUCUCCUUACUUGGGCAUAGAUGGUAGCUUUUAGGCAAAUUUCAGAGGUCUAUGAGUCACAAUGGGCUGGAACGCAGUGAAUUCAGAGUAUACAUUUCAGCAAUAUAGCACGAGUGGGAGUGGGUUGUUGCUGGAUAUUCCCACGGGUGUUGUUCGGCCGUAGCCACGAGGCCGGAGGCUUCAUAUACUUCCCAACAACUCCACAGCUCUCUUUAGCCUAGUCCCUGGCUUGCCCCGGCAACCGUAAAUUCUCUGCCAGGACUUACUUGUUGGUCAGGAAGACGUGAUUGGUUUAGACCCUUGUCAGUCAAAUAUGUCUGCCCUCCGCAUCCGCCCUCUGCGGUACGUUUGUCUCAAAAUUAUUCAAUCAAAAAAACUUGUUUUGACCUCCAAAAGGAAAACAUUUUCAAUCAAAGAAAAAAAGGGUUCAAAUGCAAUUCUUUGGGUCUCAAAUAGUUUUGGCAUUCAAAAACUUUUUUCAAAGACUGAACUAGUUUUUUUUUAGUUCUAUUGAAGUUGGGGUUUUGAUUGAUUUGUUUUUUUCUUUGAAGCAACAUCUUUUUCUAUUGAAUAAUAGAGACACAAAUGUCCUACCCAUAUUAUGGCCCAAACAAAAAAAACAUUACUUCAAUCAAAAAAGCUGCUUUAAACAAAAAAACUUUCACUUCUAUCAAAAAACAUUUUCAAUCAAAGAAAAAAGGUGUUCAAAUUUUUUUGAGUCUCAAUUUUUUUUUGCAUUCAAAUACUUUUUUCUUUGAAUGAAUGUGUUUUCUUAGACAGAAGAGAAUGUUUUUUUGAUUGAAGAUAUAUUUUUUGGUCGAAGCACACUUUUAUGAUUGAAUAGUAAAGACUCAAAUCUACCUCCAUACAAAAGCCAGUCGUUAGUUCUAUCUCUCCCGUUGUCAAGCAGUGUAGCCUAAUAAACGUUAGCUCGCAUUGCGUCUGGUUAGGACAUGCUUUUAGCUUUGAAACAUCACUAUUUUACUUGGCCUACAUGCCAUCCAACUAGCUAAUAUCCACCUCCGUCAUAUUCUAUGUUCUGAGCAUCUGUAUUUCAACUUGGAUGCAACGUGACAGUUCGUUUUACACUUCACAACUUGACAUUGUAUCGCGGAGUGAUUUAUUAAUUGCUGUGAAAAGUCAGAGUGGAUUAUCGUGGGAUAUUCCAACUCAUGGAACGUCUCUCGGCCAAUCAGAAACAAAGAAACAGCUUUAUAGAACCCAAUCGACUGUUGCUGAGUCUACGUCACUACGUUCACUGGAGGCAAAACAACCAUCAACUGCCAUCAGCUACAACACAAAACUCAUCCAAUACGUCAUUGUAUUGUAAAUCUUGGACAUGACCAUUUGGGACAUAGUUAUAUAUCCAAUGAUUUAGACGCUCGGUUUUUCAAUAACGUAAUUAUAAAUAUCCGGCCAUUCAACGUAGGGCAAUCCUGCUACGUUUUCUUUCCAAUCACUUAGAAUAGGGAUCUGUCAGAAUGGUCCCACCUGAUAAUGUACGUUUUUUCAAAGUUUUUUCAAAGUUUUUUCAAAUAAUCCUCCCAAUCCCGUACACUGAGUGUAUGUACAUACUGUUUUAUAUCGUUAGCCAUUCAGCCAUUCAGCCGUUCAGCAAAGGUUAAUUACGGACUAUUUUUAGCCGCAUUACUAGUGCUUUUCAAUAGCCGCCUAACUUUUCUGCCGCGAACAAAACACGUUUUUCUCAAAACAAGAUUGAUGCCACAUUAACUUUUGGCAUCUAUAUGAGCAGGUACAAUCGCUUAGUCACGCCGUAACUGGUUUUAAGUCUACCAUGGAUGGCUACGAUUUUAUGGCUUAUUCUCCAGUUGUCAAUGGAGAAAUUGUAUUGGAAUCUUUCUUCCGGAACGGGAGCUGGGCGGGACUGUCGAGCUCUAUAGUUGUAUAAUUUGCGACACUCCUCACUUGGUCAGUCUGCUGUUUACUCUUUUCCUGUUUUCCCGACAACUGUUUACUCACUUUCUGCUCCUUUUUGCUGCAUGGCUCUGCCAUGGCGAAUGUCAGAGAAGCUCCAUCGAUACCUUAUUCUAGCCGGUGCCUGGCGAGUAUGUAGUGCAGUAAAGUGAUUUGUUACAUUGUGAGACUGCGAGACUUCCUGACUCUGUGGCCACUGGCCCAUUGGACCAAAGUUGCAAAGUUGUUUUUUAUUUCCACUCACUGACACUACACUCAAAAAAAAUGAAGGUGCUUACUUAAAUGGUUCUUUAAAUCUCUGGAUGAUUCCAUGGAGUGUCAAAACUCUGUGUUGAAUUUGAAUUUUGCCCGGCAGCUCAGGCUGGAAACCAGCAGAUAUAUUUUUGCUGUUUACUGCCAGAACCUUUGGCUCCAAUCAGAAAUGGCCAUACUCUAGUCCUGGCACGCUAUUGGUCGGUGACACGCCAAAAACGAAACUUAAGCGACGUGAAGUGCAGUAGAAACAAAGCGCAGCCUCGCCAGACUAAUGUUCAAUCUUAAAAGAUUGAGUUUAGUAUGGUGAAAACCAGACUUUGUUGAACCAUUACAUCAGACCAAACUGUUGCCUUGAUGGUUCUUUGAAGCACUGAAAAAGGUACUUCUAUGGCUUCGCUCUGAAGAACUGGUACUGGCCUCAUUAUUUUGUAUUUUUUUUUAGUGGAGGGAGAAGCGAAAGGAUCACCAUUCCACCCAGAAAAAAAGUCGUAUAACCCUUCCAAAUGACCCCAAAGCUGUUAAGUUAGAUUACAUUUUUUUUAAAAAAAAAAUACACUGCACAGUUCCCCUUAACAUUAUUGUAAAAUGCAGAAGAGGGGAAAUUACAUCAAUGUGUGUGGAAAAUGUGUAAAUAAAAAGUGUAAAUAAGGGUCAAGAAAUGAUAUUUGGUACUGUCAGGUUUUAAAAAGAUACACAAUUAGCUUUAUAUGAUUUACUUUUGUUUGUGUUUGCCAAUAUAAUUUAAUUGAGUGUUAAUGGUACCCUAUGUUUUGCACAAAUAAAAUA